AUCAAAUAUGGCGGACAAAUUGACAUGGAUUUGUGGCUUGCUUAUUAUCGGUUUUGUGAGUUCCUUGGCCGAGGAAGCUGAAGAUUUAUCAGGGAAUGACUCAGUUGAAGAUGAAAAACUGGUUAUUGACAGCAUUGUUUCGGAAAGAGAAAAUGACACCAUCUCGGAGAUAUUCAACAUAACUGCAACAUCAAACGAAACGGAGGUUAUAGCAGCAAAUGAAACUGAUUUAGAUGGAAAUCUGCCUCAAACUGAAAAUACCACGGAGCGUAAAAUUGAAGUCAGCAACUCCACAACCACUCCGAAAUGGUUUUGUAAGGGAAGAAACAACUCAGAGCAUAAUGACUCCCUUCCACAGAGUGUGAUCAUAGUUAAUGCAGAGGAAUUGCUACAGAUAAUUAAUUCGACAUCAGAUAACGAGACUGAUUCUUGUGCAGUUGUUUUGUUUUUCACCCGCUAAUGUCCAUUUUCUGCUAAACUUUCCCCGCUGUAUAACGCCAUGGGAAGAGUGUACAACAAUUUACCCAUUCUGGCAGUGGAUGCCCACAAACAACAUAGUUUAAAUACUCGUUUUGGAGUGGUUGCUGUUCCCACCAUCCUGUUAUUUCACUCAGGAAAGCCUGUGUUGAAAUUCAAUAAUUCAAUAACACUGGAAGAUCUGAGAAUGUUUGUCAAGAACAACACUGGCAUUGAGGGCAACUUCAGUGUGGAGAUCUCAGAGCAAGAUUACAUUGGUCCACUGAUAAACAAACCAACUGAAGAAACAGACUACUAUUUGAUAUUCUCCUCUUUGUUCCUUUUGAUAUUUGGUGCAUUUAUGUUUGCCAAGUCCAGCUAUCAGGAAUUGCUUUGGAAUAGAAUACAAGCUAUUCCUUGGCGGAGUUUUGUUCAGUGGUUCAGAAGGGAUAAACAAGAUUAGGGAAACUUUGUGUUCGUCAGACUGGUUGGUUGAACAUCCGUGUGUGUUUGAGCAAGUUGGUGUGUUCAGUUUUAAAAUUGGACAGUAACAGGUGUGGUCAAACUGACCCUACUUGAGAAAGGCCAAUCAGUUUUCAUGCUUAUGCACAAAUCACUUAAAAAAUGCAUCCAAGAUUCAAAAGCCUUGUACUGGAUAUAGUGGCAGAAAUGGAAUUUUCAAUUGUUGCAAAACUGGAAAUGCAAGGAAGUGCAAUGACUGGCAUCCCUGUACACACAAUUAAUUCAGACAAAAUCCUUUUUGCAGGCCAGGAGGGUCCCUGUAAAAAUUGGCAGCCUAGAUGAGGCAGCAGAAUUUGUUAGGGAAAUAAUUAUGGGCAAGAUUAUUUCUUGAACAACUAUUGAAACUGAAUUUCUCGUUCUCCACUUUUCAAAAACCCAAUUUUUUUCUUGAUCAUCCAGAUCAGGGCAAGUGAAUGGAAACCAGGGGGGGGGGUCCAUUUCUCAUAAGUCCGUUAACUUAAAGGGCUGGAAGCCAUAUCUUAAAAUCAAAAUUUUAAGAAUAGAGGCGCAGGCACAGGUUCUGGCACUCUAACCAGUCCAUUUUGUUUCUUUAGCUGAUAAAUUUAUUGUUGAAUUUUCAAAAUGUUUGGAAACCCCAUCUUGAAUGAAAACAGAACAGCUUAAUGGCCCCAUAAAGUUACAGGGACCUUCGAGAAACGGGCCUCAGGCCUAAGAUUCAAUGCCAAAACAAGUGCUGAUGACAGAAUAGUUGUAAAUAAUAAUUAUGCAUAUCAGUCAUAAUUGUGUUAAAUUAUUAAUAAUUUCCAUCAUUAUUUAUUGGCUAAGAUACUAAGGUAAUGAGUAUUUGGGUUCUGUUAGCGAUGUAUUGAUGAAAAAUGUCAUGUACAGAUAUUUUCUAAUUUCCAUUUGACUGGGGUGUAGUUAUGAGUGGUUUUAAGUUUACAUAAAUGUGAUAAUAAAAUCAAUUGGGCUGAUCAGAUUCCCCUUGAGUGGAAACUUGAUUGAAUUCAUAUAAAAAAGUAUCCUGAAGUAAUUUUACAACAUACAAAUAAACAUCACAUUCUUGAAUGUGCUCAAGCAUAGCUGAGAAAAAAAUAAUUGAGAUUUUAUUAACAUUUGUAGGGUUACCCUGUUUAUAAGAUAAGCAGGUACAUAGUAAGUAAAAACACUAAAAGAAAACUUUACCUUAAUUUUUUGGCAAGUGAUAGAAAUGUGACCACAAGUUUUAGAUGUGUGUUAAUGUAUUUGAAGCUGUUAUAACUAACACAAAGUGAACAUACAACUCGUUGAGCAGUUGGCUGAUUUUGCCAUUAAAAAUGAAAGGCAGUCAAUUUACAAUGUUACCAUGUAUUAUUCUAUAAGUAUCUACUCACAAUUUAAAUAUGCAAUGUAAAGUAAAACUUUUGGACAUAAAAUCUAACUUUGUCUUGUC